AUGAGUCUAGUGUUGAGUAUUGUGGUAAAGGUCGAGUCAAACCCCACAGACGCUCAGGACACUGUGUGUGACAGUAAUCACACCUUGAAUCAGGAUGAAUCUACUGAUCAAACCUCCACAGAGUCUCUGGAUUCUGUCUGUAACGCUGGAGAACAGCAGAUCCUGAACACCAGACCACUGAACAUGUGUUCUGUCACACUGAUGGACUGCAGGAAACUGAUGGAGAUCAAAACUGAACUCACAGUAAAGGAAGAACAGACUGAUGAACAUGAGAAUCAUGGUGAUGAUGAUCCUUUUAUUCCUUCAGAUGAGAGCGGUGAUUCAUGUGGUGAUGGAGAAACGGCCUCUACAUCAAAACACACAGAACAGAAACUCUUCACCUGCACCAGAUGUGACAUCAGCUUUCCUACCUUACAAGAGAAGAAACUUCAUUCACAAGAGCACAGAGACGAGAAACACUUUCACUGUCAGCUGUGUCGGAAGAAUUAUUGCUCCACUUCUAGUCUGAAUGCUCACAUGAAGACUCACACUGGAGAAAAACCUUUCCACUGCAGUGAAUGUGACAAACAUUUUAGCAGCAAACAAUAUCUUUUUACUCAUCUGAGAAUUCACACGGGAGAAAAACCAUACGCGUGUCCUCACUGUAAGUGGAGAUUCAACCACAAAUCUCAUCUGAAUAGACACAUGUGUGUCCACACCGAUGAGAAACCGUAUCAGUGCAGUGAAUGUGGAAAAACCUUUAGGGAAUCAGGUUCUUUAAAGACGCACCAAAAAAUACACUCUAAUGAGAAACUCUAUCAGUGUUCACGCUGUGAUAAAUGUUUCCGUCAUAAAUCUCAUCUGACAACUCAUGAGAGAAUUCACACUGGAGAAAAACCUUACGUCUGCUCUCACUGUGGAAAGACCUUCUCCCGGCGUAGUUGUUUUGAAGUUCAUCUGAGAAUUCACACUGGAGAGAAACCUUAUCACUGCAUCAUCUGUGACAAGAGCUUUCCUUACUCAAGUUCUUUUUUUAUUCAUCAGAGAGUUCACACUGGAGAGAAACCUUAUCACUGCAUCAUCUGUGGAAAGAGCUUUCCUUACUCAAGUUCUUUUUUUAUUCAUCAGAGAGUUCACACUGGAGAGAAACCUUAUCACUGCUCCAUCUGCGGAGGGAAAUUCGCUUAUUUAGGAAGUUUUAAUUCUCAUCAGAAGAAACAUGCUGAAGAACAAACUAAACUGGAUUCAUAGUGUCUUUUACUAGUUCUAUAAACUGUGUCUAUAAGCUGAAAUAAAUGUAGUCGUAGUAAAUUA